CAGACCCCAGAGCGCAUGCUCGCCGAGGGGAGGACUGAAGGGCGCUGGCGGGAGGCUCGAAGCCUGGGCGGGGCCUUUCGCGGCGGGCCAAUGGGGAGGCGUGCCGGGGCGAAGGGCCAAUGGGAGCCGGGCGCCGGGGAGCCAACGGUAUCGUUGGCGAAGGGGGUGGGGCUAAGCAACGUCUCUUUCACUUCCCUAAUCCCUAGUCGCUACUGGGCGACUGGGGCCCGAGGUUCUCCUCCGCUCCGGAGCAGAGCAGCCAUGGCGGCCCUGGCAGGAAGCGACUACGAAACCCAGCUCUGCGGCAACUGCCAAAAGGAGAUCCCCGCGGCCAACUUCGUCAUCCACGAGAUCCACUGCCGGAGGAACAUUGGGGUCUGCCCCGUCUGCAAGGAGGCCUUCCCCAAAGUGGAGCUGAGGCGUCACCAGGAGCAGGAGCACACCCAGGUGGUCUGCAAGUGCGGCAGGGAGAUGGACAGAGGCCUUUUGCAAGAGCACGAGGCUUCCGAAUGUCCCUUGCGGCCUGUAGCCUGCCAGCACUGUGACAUCGAGCUGGCCUUCAGCAAACUUCAGGAGCACGAGGACUACUGUGGCACUCGGACCGAACGCUGUAGCAGAUGCAACCAAAAUGUCAUGCUGAGAGACCUGAAGGAGCACCCCACAGACUGUGGCAAGAAGACGAAGGCAGCGGGAGUUGGCCAGACCAGGCCCUCGGAGGCAGUUUUUCAGAAUAUUCAGACUAUCCGAAACAUCCCCCCUCCGGAUGAUGCUGCCAGAUCCCUGCCGAGGACGAGCAGGCUAUAUAACGCUCUCUUGCGUGACCAGCUGCCCAGGGAGUUUGGCAGGAGGAACAGUGGUCCAGCUCAGGUGGAUGAGAAUCAAGCUCACCUGGAAAAGAUGACAACCCCUUUGGCCUUUAGGGGAGAGCAGGAUUGUGACUUGGAUUACCUGUUGGCUUUGAGCUUGCAGCAAGAAAAUGUCUCUCAUGAACACAGUGCCGCUGCGAUCCAGAGUGAUCUCUUGCGGAAUAUCUGUCCCAGCAAGGAUAGCUCAGUGGAGAACUCGCUUGAAACAGAUGAGUCCAGUAUCUUCUCUCAGGAUGCACUGGUGCAUAAUGCUCCAAAGAGGUCCAAUACUGUGAUCCUCCUGUCUUGUGAAUUCUGUGAGGAGCUGUACCCAGAGGAAGACCUCAUCCUUCAUCAGACGGGAUGCGACCCCACCAGCGCUUUGGCCGCCUUCAGCAAGAGAAGCUCUUCCUCGCCGCAGUCGGAGCGCCUUCGAGGCCUGUGGGAACAGCUGCAGAGCAACCAGACCACAGGCAAUAGAGAAAUGCCUCCGUUCCAGCAUGACACCUACAGCAGCCUCAUGCUGCCUUGCGAAUUCUGUGGCAUUCAGCUCGAAGAAGAUAUCCUCUUCCACCACCAGGAUCAGUGUGAUUUGCGCCCUGACACAGCCUCCUCGGCGGGAAGGACGCCAAUGCAGCAAAGGACUCCAGCCAUGAAUAACGUGGAGAAAACAGAGAUACUGGAUCUGCCUCGAACACGCAUCCAACACCAAGGGGAAAUCUCACGUCAGCACCGUGAGGAGUUCAGGCAACAGAAGCAGUCUCUUCCAGGGAGCCAGUCCCAGAGCAACCUGGUGACUGCCCAACAUAUUCAGCCAACUUCUGACAACAGGAGAGAAAACAACAUUGGGCCAACAAAGGGAGGAAAGCCCAGAGUGGGUGUGCAAACAUCAAGUUGGCACCCAAGUGACCUUCCAGCUGCCCCCAUGUCUACUAGACGAUCUCACCGCAACUUCACUCCCAGUAGCUACAAGCCAAGUUUCCCAGAUACUGCUCCAACUCGACCCAGUAGCCUGAGAAGUGAAAGUGGCAGGAGUCCCACUAGGCGGACCCAUUACAACAAUACGGAGGCAAAACGCUGGCAAGCUGAAUCCAACUAUUCUGAUGAUGAGUAAGAGGAGAGGAACUCGUCAGGGCUGUGCAUGGCCGUCUCUUUCUACAUUCAGCCCAGCACCAGACCAUGGACAACUUUGGUGGGAAUGAUGUUACCUAGAGGUGGGGUGGGAAGUGUGUGUGCCCCCACUUCAACCAGAGAUGUGGUGGCAAGAGGAGCCUUUGGCGCCUCCUUUCCCAAAUGUGCAGUGUUUCAGGGCAGGAGACCGAUUUGAGAUGCUUUUAGGCCUUCUGCUCAGAAUACCCAACUGUGGAGUAGUCUCCUCUGCACCCAACAGAGGAAGGCCUGACAAUCCAGCAGCAGAGUUAAUACCACAGCCAUGGCUCUGUUUGCUUCACAAGACUUACUGCUGUAUGCCACUGUGGCAUAAGGAUUCUUUUCUUGUCCUCUUGUAAUCCAGUCUGAUCUUUAGUCUGAGGAGAUGGGAGGGGGAAGCACUUGGAAAAGCCAUCACAUUUCAUGGUGGUGCUUGUGUGUGUAAAUAACAUGGUCUUGAAUACCAGAAGUGCCCAGUUAAAUGCCUUCAAAGCUGAGAGGCUUCAUGGAGCAAGUAAGCCUUUCAUCUUCUUCCUCAUCGUUCUGAUUGUUAUGUUUUGAACACUGUUUUAAAGUUCUCAUAAUAAACUUUAUAUCUGCCAAUCA